AUGGUCACGUCUGCUAUUGACGCCAACCCCCUUGAUCCAAACACGAUGUACCAGUAUGGCCAAACUACUACGAAGACUCACAAGUUGAAUGACUUGGAUACGAUUAUCGAUCGCAAUGUUGCACCGUCUCCCAAAGCAAUGUGCUCCGAGCUAGCCCAUCAGCACGCGAUGGAAGAUCUUCAGAAUAUGACAGAGCAUAACUCGAAUCAGAACAACUCAGCUCAAGACGCGAGCUCCUCUCGACGAUCGUCUGACCAGUAUGCCAAACAUGAAGAGCCUCGGAAGCCCGAAGAGUAA